ACAUCAUGGCUUCCUGUUUCAGUUCUUUCGUUUUGUUUUCUUGUCUUGUGAUAGCUUCAUUGCAUGUUCAUGUUUCGAGCUCUAUUUACAUAGUGAAGGGGCUCUCAUGGUCCUUCUACGAGAAGAGCUGCCCGAAGGUUGAGUCCGUCAUAAGGAAACAUCUCAAGAAGGUGUUCGAGGAGGAUAUUGGCCAAGUUCCUGGGCUACUUCGUCUGCACUUCCACGACUUCUUCAUUAAGGGAUGCGAUGCUUCGGUGUUGCUGGAUGGAUCAGCAAGCGAACCGAGCAAGAAGGACGCCCCACCGAACCAGAACUUGAGACGGACAUCAUCACUAGAGAGUAACGCACCAAAACGGAGUUUUGAUUUUCAUGCUUUCCAGAUACAAACCAUUUUAAGCAUCCUCGUGCUCAUACUUUUGGAUAAUUGUAAUAUUUCUUAUUCGGGCGGACCUCAGUAUGACGUGCCAUUGGGAAGGCGGGACGGACUCACAUUUGCUUCUGUAAAUGUGACCGCAGAAAAUUUACCUCCACCAGCUCAGAACGCCAGCCAAAUUCUCACUGCCCUAGCCAAGAAAAACUUUGACGCCACCGAUGUAGUGGCACUCUCUGGAGGCGACACCACCGGGCUUGGGCACUGCGGCGCCUUUACUCGCCGGCUCUACCCGACCCAAGACCCCACCAUGGAGAAGACCUUUGCCCAUGAUCUCAAGGGCGUGUGCCCCACCUCAAACUCCACCAACACCACGGUCUUGGACAUCAGAUCGCCCGACCAAUUCGACAACAGAUACUUCGUGGAUUUGGUGAACCGCCAAGGCCUAUUCCACUCGGACCAAGAUCUGUACGAGGACCCCAUGACGAGGGGCAUCCUCAGUAGCUUCGCCGAGGACCAAGAACUUUUCUUCGAGAAGUUUGUCUUCGCUAUGACGAAGAUGGGGCAACUCGACGUAUUGACGGGAACGGAAGGAGAAAUCCGAGCCAACUGCUCAGUUAGGAAUCUCAGAACCCCGCUCUCCUGAUAAUCUAGAUUUCAUGUACUGUGCUUUCUUUUAUCUUGGUCUGAAGAUAUCGAAGCGACCAAAUCAAGGACUGCUGUAGUCCCAAGUUCAACAUUAUGCCUUUGAAAGUAUUGUCAAAAUCACAUUAGUUGAUGAUUACAAAAAUAUAUUUGGAUUGUACUUUCUUGACGUCAUAUAAGAAUCAAUUCUAAUAUUAAACUGUA